UGGAUUGGAAAGAAAUGGAUAGGAUAAAAUGGAUAGGACAAAACAGAUAGUAUAAGAUGAAUAGGGAAAAAUGGAUACGAGUAAAUGGAUUGGACAUUAAGUUUGCUGCCAUUAUCGUGAUGUCUAAUGUCCUUAACAGAAUCUGCAUCUCCUUGCUUACCCUUGUUUCGCAGACGGCGGCCGGUCCCUUGCGGCCCUCGACACCAACUUACUUUGGAGCGCAAUCACCUCUUGCGCCACCACCAUCAACGGCGGGCUCCACCUUUUCCAGGGCGGUUCCUUGGGGGGGUGCCUUUGGAGCGGGUGUGCCUCUCAGUGCUCGUGGUCUUCGAGUCAACAGUAUGACUUCAAGAGGAAUGCCAACCAGACCUGGAACUCCAGGUGGCAGCUCUGGUAUAGGUUUGAAUACAGAAGUUCAGGUUGAGAAUAGACCUGUGACACAGCAAGGAAUGAUGGGAAUGAAAACAGGAAACCAAGGGCCGGGAAGGCAGAUACUGGACAAGUCGUACUAUUUAACAAAACUUCGGACAAAAAAGCAGGACCUCCAGAAUGAAAUUGAGUCUCUCAAGGCUGAGACAGAGCGAUACCAAAAGGACGACAGCACAAAUCUACAGCUGGAAAGAAAGAACGAGGCUCUGAACAAAGAGGUGAAGACGCUUAGAGGAUUGCUGUCUGACUACAACCUCAUCCUCGACAAGGUUGGAACCGAUACAGAGCUCGAAAACAUCAAGUCAGAACACAAGUCACUCAAAGAGCGUAACAGUGUUGAGCGACGCAAAAUAGACAACCUCUUCACUGAAAGGGCAUUAAAGGAGCAACAAAUCAAAGAAGCAGAGCAGGAGAUCAUGCAGAUACAGAGGUCCAUGGAACAGAGGCUACAUGAGCUGGCACCAGACAAGCGUUCCCGAUACUUGGAGCUGCAGGCAGAGAACAGACAGCUCACUGGAGAAGUUGCACGGAUGGAAGCUCAGCUCGAAGAGCUCAACAGAAACAUGCAAGCACUUGAGCAGCCGAGAAGGGAAACUCGAAGGAAGAAGCAAGGAAGGGGAGGAGGAGGAGAAGAAGAAGAAGCAAGGAGGGAGGAGGGACGAGGAGGAGAAGAGGAAGAAGCAAGGAGGAGAAGAGGAAGAAGCAAGAAGGGAGGAGGAGGAGGAGAGGAAGAAGCAAGGAGGGAGGAGGAGGAGGAGGAGAGGAAGAAGCAAGGAGGGAGCAGGGGGAGACGACAAAGGUUGUGCACAGACAACAUCCCGGAAGACAUACCCCACUGCCUCCUGUAUUGCACUAAAGCAGCAUGGAUAUGGAACAAGGAGUUACAGUCAAGCCCAAUCAAGCAGCGAGCACUGGCACUGCAUGAGCAGAUAAGAGCAGUGCGACAAAAGAAAGCCCAGCUGGAGGCAGAAGAAUCCAGAAUGCAGCUAAGUCCAGAAGAGGCGAGCGAGCAGAUGCUGCAGAAGAUGAGGAAGGACAAUGCAGACAUUGCACAGGCCGACGAGCAGUACAAGGAGCUGGAGGAAACCAUCAGGAAGUAUGAGAGCCAAUUACAGAUGCUCAACCAGGAGCUAAGUGCUCCAGGAGGCACCCUUACCAGCUCCUCAUUGCAGAAAGAAGAAGAGGUAGAACAAGCCUUUGAAGCAAAGAAAGCAGAGCAGAAACAGAAAAUUGCUGAGGCGCAGAAAGCCAUUGCAUUUCUUACAGAUCGUAUAAACAAGAUUGGGCAGGCCACAGGCAAACCACCAACCGCACAAAAGACAAGGGAUCCUUCAAAAGAUUUGAAGAAAAGGCCCAGCUUCCUGGAUAGCCCUGACAUUUUACAGAAGGAAAUAGGUCUAAGAAAAGGGCAGCUGGAGAAGAUAAGCAGCCUGGACGACGAUAUACGGAAAGAGAUCCAAACUCUGACUGAGAACAUGGCUAAGAUGAAGAUGGACUUGGAAAGAUUCUCUCGGGCUCAUGAAAUUAAGGCAUCUGCUGAAGUAAACUGCAAGCAAAUGGAAGCCCAAAAAGUGAAAGCAAUAAAGAAAAGGGAGGCUUUCAAGAUUAUCCUCAAGGAGAAGGAAGAUGCACUGAAGGCAAAGAAAGCAAAUCUCAGGGACAGUGACUUGUACAUCGCAUUGGAGAAGCUGGAACAAAAGAUGAGCAGUCUGGAAGCUAAUAUUUUCCAGAUGCAAGACUAUAUAGAUACCAAGGAUCGUGAGACAGACUACAAGCCGAUCGCAUCGGAGGUCAGCAAAUUGACAGCAGACUUAAAUGCUGAAAUUCAGAAGGUUAUUGCUGCCCAUUGACUUCACCACAGCAGGCAUCACAACGUGAUCACACACAUAUCUGUUCUGUGUUACAGCUGGGCCAUCUACAUCAGCAAUCCAGAAGGCAGUGAGUUACCGGGAGCAGUCCACCCACUUUCAUCGAAAGAACAGCGUGUCAAAGUGAGACAAUAGUGCUAAAUCGUACAUAAGCAUACCAUGAGAUAAAUCAAAUGACAUGAGAGACAAGAGUAAAGAGUAGAAAUCCAAGCGCACGUGGCACUGUAAAAUUUCCGUUUACAAAGCGCACAUUGAAACUGGCGAUAGCGACCCAACCAGUUUCUACCGGUCGCCAGUCUGGCGUCGUAAUGUGUCUUCAGCUAUCCGGGAGCAGUCCACCCACGUUCAUCGGCGGUUUUCCUCUUCAUCAGUUUUCCUCGGGCACAGUAGACCAGUUACAGGAACUUCUGCAAGAAUCAUUCAUUGUCACAUUGUGUGCAUUUCUAGUAAUUUUCUACAGUUGUUUCACUAUGAUUUCUCCUUGCUGUGACACACUGAAAAACUCUUGCCAAAUCAGUAAAGAUGCUUCUGAUAC